GGAUCUUGCCCCUCUCUUUCUCUCCACCUCCUAUAUAUAUAUAAUAUAACUAUAUAAAUUGUUCACACCAGCUCUCUAUCUCUGCAUAAAAGGCGUUGAGAGAUUCAAGUCAUCUGGGUCCAAAAUAUUCUAAACUCUGCUACUGCUCUGCAACAUUAUCAGCUUCUACAUUGAUUGGAACACCAAUUUUGAAAAGCACACAUGCCUUCUUGGAAAAAAACCAUCACAUCUCCAUUCAGGAAAGCUUGCACUUUCUUCAACCAGCAGCCAGGCAGAGAUCAGAAGAAAUCCCAGCUGCAAGGGAAUGAAAGUAGUGUGAUGGCUCUGCAUGGUGAAGUGAUGGCAUGCUCAUAUGAAGAUGUUCAGGUGAUGUGGUCUAUUCUGGACAAGUCCAAGCCCUCAGCCUGCAACAUCACUGCUUCUUAACACAGAUGGAUGGCUAUGGCUAAAAAAAUAGGCCAAUAUCCAUCCCCAAAAAACAAAACAGAAAAAACC